AAUGAUAAUAUGCAAAAUUUGAUGAGACUGGAGAUACUUGGUACUCCAGCCAGUGGGCUGGCUGCAACCAAGCAUUACAAUACAACAAACCUGUUGGUUUUAGGAUUUGGAGCCUGUUUUAAAUUUUAUGAUUAGACUACAAUAAACACGCAAAUAAUACCUGCAUUUUUAUCAUGAUUAGAUCUCUUUUCAUGUUGUAUUGCCGUCUGUACUAUGCUGGUAGAAAAAAUACCAAUGUCAGUGUGCCACUGGUCAUUGGUCAAAACUUAUUACACAUCAAAAUUUAUUAGACCAAAAAAGUUUAAAAUUACUGUAACGAUGUUAAAAUCAAACGUGUCCAGUAAAUGCGAUAGUUUCUUGUACUUUUCAUAUGGUGGCAAUAUGUUAACAUUCAGAAUUCACAUGCAUUGCCCUACGGCGGAAUUUUUGUCAAUAGCCAGAGUAGAAAAUUAUAGACUGGAUUUCAUUAAAUACUCCAAGUUCUGGGGAGGCCCUACAGCUACUUUGGUUCCCACUGCAAACGCACACGUUUGGGGUGUACUUUGGCGCCUUCAUGAAAACGAUAUGUUAGCACUCGAUGCACAAAAAGGGGUAGAAGUAAAAAAAUAUUAUAUCAAGUACAUUGACGUAUUGACACCAUAUUUGGGAAAAUUCCACUGCCGAGCUUAUGUACAAAAAGUGAACCCUUUGCCGAGAGGAGAUAACGAUGAAAUUCCUGUCGAACGGUGGCCUUCGUGGGCGUAUAAGGAAAUAAUGAUAGCCGGGGCGCGUGAAAACGGGUUACCCCCAUACUACAUUGAGGGCCUGAAGAAAAUGAAACACAAUGGAGAAGAAGGUUGGCUGAGAACAGUCUGUCUACUGAAUCGUUAUGCACGACAAAAACCUUGCCUAUGUAAAGUACCAGGGAGAAUUCCGAGAAAACCACUAAAACUCGACUUGAAGAAAUAUAAACUUAAAAAAAUGAAAAGCAAGGGUACAUAGCCUAUUUAUUCCCACAUGAGAUAAAUAAAAAAUCAUUAUUGAAAAAUUGAUUUUAUUGAGAAAUGUAUAGGCUUUGUUUUAACUCGUUAUAAAAUAUAUUCAAACAAGGGGUAUAAUUAGGAUACACUUUGAUAUUCAAAACUAUGCUUCACUAGUUUUAACCAUUUUAUUAAUAAUAUAAAUAUUAAAAUUAUUAUUAAUAGGUACUCGGUUCUCAUUAAAUUAAAUAUAAAAAAUUGUACACUAUCUCAAUCGUUUGGUGAAUUGUAUCUAAAUUGAGCAUAAAGCACAACGCUACCCCAACACUUCACAUAAACACGCACACAAAUCACACGAGGAACACAUCAUUUGGAAAAAUAUAUUUUAUCAGUCAAUAAUUUACGAAUAUUAUAAUUACUAAAAAUGAGGUAAUGUAACUGCCUUACUAG